AUGGUCCGGUUCUCAGCUGCAUCGUCCGCAUCUACUACACCCACACCUCCUGUUUCUUCAUCUUCCGGUGUUGGAUCAUUUCUGGGUAUUCUCAAGGAACCUCGCUCUGAAUCCGAUUUAUUGAUCUCCCAGUACAUCAGACUCUGCCAGGGACGAUUGACGACGAAGAAAGGUGAUUUCACAGAGGAGAAGCUAACGAAGUUGUUGGCUGGUGAAGACAAGAUUGGGAUUGGUGAGACCAUGAAUUUGCUUGAGGGCCGCAAAACUGGUAUUGAAUCUUCUAAAAACAAAUCCAUUGACAAGCCCAAAGCCAAGAAAAAAUAGUUCCUCUGUUUCAUCUUCGAGCUUUUGCAUUCUUUGUUUGCAAGUUUGUUUUUUUUUUUCUUUGGAUUUCAACAAGUUGCUGUAUGAAUCACUAUAUAAGAUCCAAAACAUCAAUUUUAUCAUAUAUGGUAUUAGCAAAUCAAGAACCAUAAAUAUGUUUUGUCUGUCACAAAUAACCUUUGGAA